CAGAAUGUCGGCUCCAAAUCGGAGCACAGAUGGCUCAGUUGGUCCUGGGACAACAAUAUGGUGCUCAUGGAGAGCUACUUCUUUUGUGCUUCGGUGCGACUGGGUGUCCUGGUCACUUGCAUUGCAGCCACCAUAAAAAACAGCAUCUUCAUGUGGCUGAUAUUCGCCGACGGAACAUCUUUCCUGUACUUCUUCAUCAACAUUCUGGAAACCCAUUAUAGAACCAGCAUAAUUGUUAAGGAGUCCGUCACCUGGGCGGAACAUUAUUCCAAGGAGCUCAUGAUGUUUAUACAACUCUACAGCUUUUGCCACAUUGCAACUUGUUUUUCGGCGGCUUAUGGAGCAUAUAAGCUCAAGAAAUACCAUGUUAUACCUUUGGCAAUCUUCGAAUUCAUUUACACAGUCCAGGUGGUUGUACUCGUCAUUAUAACGCUUCGGAUUGCCAGGCACAUUGUGCCAUUGGCCACCUUAAUUCUGAUGACCCUUGCCCUUUCAUUUUACGCAAUGCUUGUGGCCUAUGACACAUUGGCGUUGAUUGCCUUCGUGCAAAUAAUGUUUCUGGUGCGGAGUCAACGAUAUAUACGACUCUACGGUCCAGAUCCUUUGAAUCCUGUAACAAACGGAGUGCAAUCCAAUCAAAUGGCAUCUAAAAAUCCGAUCACACAACAGCCAAUAAUUAUUUACGUAAUGCCCAAAGCGGGGCAAAAAUUGUGGGAUGUGCCACAAUCGAAGUGGUGGCAGGAUGAAAAAACUGAUGUCAGCGUUCCACAAAAAGCAAAUUAUGAAGAGUCCUCUGAAUUUUUUCAGCGGCAGGAGCUGCUGUCAAAAGUUUUACUACGCAAUGCCAUCAAAGAAGACUACCUGCACAAGGAAAGAGUUGCAAUCUAAACAUUUAUGUGGAACUCAGGAGAAUUUAAAGUUCAUAAAACAAAUAAUUUAAAAUUUAUGUUCUAUAUAUUACAAUACAUGAAACAGCAGUAUUACUAACACAAGUGCUCUAAGGUGAAGCAAUCAGUUUCCCUAGGUAUAUGGAAUUGUAUCCAUUAGGUCUUAAUUGUGACUCACUAGUUGUAUAAAAUCGCUUAACAUAAUAUAUUUUCAGUCUUCGACUAGCUCUUGUCGAACGCGGUUGUAAAAAUUGAACGCUGCGAUCGUUAUCUUCUGUUCUCUCUGAGAACAUUUUGGUGUACAUUAGAUAUUUUCUGUUUUCUUCUUUAAUUGUGAUAUUCGCAAAGGACUACAAUCAAACGUUCAAGUGAUGCAAUUGGUGAUGCUGAAGCAUCUGCCGUUGAAAAAAUGCGUACUAAAAGGAAUAAACCACUAGUGGAGCGCCAGAACGAACGGGGCUCCAAGCAAUUUACAAAUUAUUUUCGUCCACUACAAACUUUAGACGAUGAUAAUGAUGAUAAACCUAUUGAAACGGACACACUUGAUGAAAUAAUAAUCAAACCACCUCCUAUAACAUUAAUUAAACAAAAUACAAAAUUUGUACACGAGCUAAUGGCUAAAAUUAAAACUGAUGAUUACUUUAUUAAAACCAUCUCAAUUGGAAUUAAAAUAUUUUUACCAAAUAUGGACUGUUUCAAUGCAGCUUGUAACCAACUCAAGGAACAUAACUGUGAGUUCUACACGUACGAUACUAGAUCAAACAAGCCAUACAAAGCCAUUUUAUCCGGGCUGGAUAAACUACCAAUUGAAACUGUCAAAUCCAUGCUACAAAACCUAGGAUUACAAUGCACCGAAGUCAAAAUUGUGGAAAAGAAAACUAAGUCUGAUCAUGAAUUAUUACUGUACAUUGUUUAUUUCGUAAACAAAAGUAUCACAGUAAAGGAACUGCGCAAAAACUUUAUGUAUGUCAACCACACUAAAGUACGCUGGGAGUAUAAAGUGAAAUUGCAGAAUAAAAUUACUCAAUGCUACAAUUGCCAACUAUUUGGACAUGGAUCAAAUAAUUGUUCAGUUAAAACAUCAUGUGCCCAUUGUGCUGGAUCACACCAGACUGCCGUAUGUAUGGACGUAAACAACAAAAAAUGCGCUAACUGUAAAGGCGACCAUCCAUCGACAGAACUGACAUGCCCAUGCCGAAUUUCUUAUCUCAAUUUACUUUCCAAACGCUCAUCACAACGCAUUGGAAGAAAUAACUUGGAAGCUCAUGGAAUGAGGAAUUCUAAGCAACACAUCGCUCCAUCUGCUCUCUUUGGAAAUCAACCCCAGAUCUCAUUGCCUACUCAAACUAAGAGAGUGCAACAACUCAACUUUGGUAGCUAUAGUAAUGCACUCACCAAUAUUCAUACUUUGCCUAAUCCCAAAGCAAAUAUCACAAAUGAAACUAAUCUCUUUUCAUGUGAAGAGAUAAAUUCUCUUUUGUCUGAAUUAAUAACAAGACUUAAUGAAUGCUCCAAUAAGGGAGAGCAAUUUCAAGCAAUUUCUCAGUUAGCGAUUAAGUAUGUUUACACAAACAAAUAAUUUUAUUGAUAAUUUGAAUAUUAUGGCAUGGAAUGCUCGUGCCGUUAGAAACAAACGUAUAGAACUAAUCAAGUUCUUAGAAAAUAAUCACAUUCACAUAGCACUUAUAAAUGAAACGUGGCUGACUCAUAGUGACCGUUUUAAUAUACCCGAAUACACUAUAUACAGAAAUGACAGGAAGGAAAGUAGGGGAGGCGGCGUUGCCAUUGCAGUUAGUAACACAUUGAUACAUGAACAAAUACCCUGCAUUAAAAGUCAUGUUAUUGAAAAUGUAGGUAUACAAAUCAACACUGACUCUAAUUCCAGUCUAAAAAUUUACUCUAUUUACUUUGCUGGAAAUACUUCAAAAUGUAUUCCUAGUUCAUGUGACUUAUCUUGGGACCAUAAUCAUUUAAAAAGUUUGUAUAGAUCUGAUCUCCUUAAGAUCUCACAAAUAAAUGGAAAUUUUCUAAUUUGCGGGGACUUCAACUCGCGCCACAGAGCAUGGAAGUGUACCCGAGCCAAUGGUUGGGGCAAAAUUCUCAAUGAACUUUCAGAUCUGGGAAAAUUCAGUAUUUUGUACCCUACGCAACCCACAUAUAUUCCGCAUAACCAUAAAGCAAAAGCAUCAACAUUGGACCUAUGCCUCACUAAUAUCCCUAACCAGCUGGCUAAUCCAGCAGUAAUGCAAGAGCUUUCCUCUGAUCACCUACCAGUGGUUAUUAAAUACUCUACAAAUUUUAUGCGCAAUGUAAAAACAUAUCCGAUUUUGGGAAGGGCAAAUUGGGCGCUUUUUAAGAGAAUUAUAAAUGAAAGGCUGAUGGUUGAAGAGGUGGUUGUCAACUGCUCACAGAUAUCGACUUUGGAUAUUGAUAAUUUAAUCGGCUCUUUCACUAGAGUAAUCAAUUAUGCCUUUCUUAAAGCAGUCCCUCAUAAACCUAUACAUCACUCCAAGCUUACACUCCCUGUACAUAUAACUGAAUUAUUUAAAACAAGAAAUAUUAUCCAAAGACAAUGGUUUAGGUCACGUCAUCCAUUAUUAAAAUCAAGAUGUGAUCAUUUAAAUUACAUCAUACGAAAAGAGCUUUUCAUUUAUAAUAAUGCAAAAUGGAACAAUAAACUUCAAAAGCUGGAUAAAUGCAGCAAACCCUUUUGGAAUAUAACCAAAGCAAUUAAAAAAAGAAAACAAAUUGUUCCGUGUCUAAGUAAAGCUGAUGAAAUAUACGCUUCUGGAAAAGAAAAA